GAAAGUAAACCUGAUAUCAUUCUGAGAGAAAACAUAUGUUAUAUAUACAUCCUUUAAACAGUCAUAUCUGUUUUGCAGUUGAAAGCCCUAAAGAUACUUCCACUAGAAUUAUAAAGAAGCCUACCAAUAUCAUCUCAAAAUGCGGUCCCUAAUUUUCGGUCUUAUGAUCUGGAUAACCUUAGUGCAGUGGAUAUCUGUUUCAAAUGCAAGUGAAGCUUGCAAUGAUUACGUAGAUCGUAUCCUAAGAGACCUAAAAGAGGAUAAGGAAUAUUUUCAGGACCCUUACGAAAUACCUGAAAAGUCUUUUCAAGUAGGCAAGAAACUGAUUUUCAUCAACUACACUGGAGAAGCAAGCAUUUAUGAUGGGCACGUCUUUGGACUUUCAUCUUUACAUCGAGAUGGUGAUGUCAUAAUCGACAGGAAGAAAAAAACUCAUCUCAAGAUCUAUUUAGGAGCUGGAGAACUAAAAAUGCAGUGCAGUGGCAAAGUUAAGUUGAUGGGACAUGGACCAAAUGUAAAUGUGGAUGCAAAAAUAUCAUACGUGAAUAUGAAGCUUGAUAUUGUACCAACUUCUAAAGGAUCAAAUCCUAAAGUUGCGAAUUUUAAUAUUGAAGAUAUAAAAGGCUUUGAAAUUAAAGUAAAAGGUCUAGGUCCCUUAAAUUUUAUUCUAAAUCCUUAUAUACGUAUCAUGACUAAAUUCUUCAAAAAUCUGAUUAAGUUAGGAAUUGAAAGCAGAUUGAAGACAUUUUUAGAUAAGAAACUAAAGGAAUAUGUUAUUCCAGAGGAAUGUAUUAAUGAUACGUUUAGGAGAAGUCUAGGUUUAUAAAAGGCCCAACAUUCUGAAUUAAAAAUAGUUCAAAGCCUAUAAAUAUGUAUGAUAAACUCGUUAAAAUAUUAGAAUAAUAUAUAACUAUCAAAUUACAUGAGACAAAUUAAUAACGUUUUAGUUACCUUUUCAGUAAGAAAUAUGAGAAAGGCUUGAUUGCAAAGCUUUUACAUUACUUGUGUUUUGUUUAGCAAUUUGAACUGUAGAUUUUAGAAGCUGAUAUCUCAUUAAUCAACUGAAAGAUGUAAAAAUUAAUUUGUAUUCUCAUAAUCAAUAUUAGUGUUAAUCGCAUUUUUGUCAAGUUAAAUGCAAUAAUUUAGAACUUUUUAUUUUGAUUUAAUCACUAUUAUAUCACGCAAUGGGAAACUAUUAAUUUUCCUUUUAAAACUGUAAUGUUCCACUAUCUUAUUAAACUGUAAUGCAAUAAAGUUUUAUGUGCUUCUGCUCUGAAUAUCCUAUUUAUCUGAAAUGCUUAGUCACUGUUAAAAUCAGUUUCUGCAUGCAUUCAAAAUGACUGAACAGCAGAGGAUACCUUUAAUUGUAAAAUAUUUCAGAUUGUAAUGCAUUCAUAUGUUUUUGGAAA